AUGCUGAGGCAUUUCCUAUACGUCGUCAUUGCCUGGGACCUUUUGGGAUCCCAAGCUCAAGGCCAACAAUAUUCGCAACCUCAAAAUCCUGUGGCACAGCCGCAACCAACGCUAGUGGAUCAGAUUGCGGCACACCAGCAGAAAUGGUUCACGUACAAUUCCCUGAAGGAAACUGCCACUCAGGCAAAAAUAGCCAAGAUGGAGAGUCUCAUAGAAAGCCAAUUGCAAGCGGUGCAAAUCAAGAUGGGCAUCGAACUGCAGGCACUGCGGAAUCUCAUGCAAUACGCGUCGGAGGAGCAGCAGGAGAAACUGAAGGCUUCGCAGAGGAUCAACGCGUCACUCUUCGAGAGGAUUGGAUCGCGGUCCUAUUACAUUGAGAGGAGGCACCCGGCCACUUGGUUCGAUGCAUACAACCAAUGUCGUCAAUUGGGCGGACAUCUGGCGACGUUUUACAACUACACCCAGUUUUAUGAGGUCUUUUCCAGAGUUGUGGGUAGCAUGUUCUGGAUUGAUAUCUACAAAAUGGCAAAUAAGAAGCAGUACGUUACAUCGCUAACCGGCAGGGCACCUCCGUAUACUAACUACAAAAAGGACGGAAAAAGUGGGGAUUGCGUUUAUUUAAGCAACGGAUAUAUGUACAGUGCAAAUUGCUGGAGCAAAUACUAUUUCAUUUGCCAAACCGAGCAAUGGGAAUGA